AUGAUUCAAUCGAAAGAUCGAAAUAAUGAUGAAAAGUUAAAUAAGGCAGAAUUUGUGAAACUAUUAUUAAUUCGAAAUGCGAAUAAUCAAAAUGAAGAUCUUUUUAAGCUGCUGGAUAGAAAUGGUGAUGGUGUGAUAACGCCAACUGAAGCUAUGACAUGGAUGGAUAAUAAACCUAACAAGAAAAUUAUACAUGAUGUCUUCCAGUUAAUUGAUAUUAAUAAUGACAAAAAAAUUACACUGAAUGAAUUAACAUCUGCCAUGAAUUCAGGUGCUCAACAAAAACUUACAACACAGAUGCGAAAGAGACAAAAUUUAGCCCAUCAGUUGAUAACACUUAUUGAUCAAAAUUCUGAUCAAAAAUUAUCUCUUCAAGAAGUACACAGUUUUGCUAUCGCAAAUAAUAAAAAAAACAAAACUGGAAUAGUGAAAGAAUUCGAAUACAUCGAUUCUAAUCAGGACGGCUUUUUAACAAUCAAUGAAAUAAUUGAAAAACCGGAAAAAGUGAUCGCAUUGGUACAUUUUCAGGAACCACCACCAGUUAUUAACAAUUAG